AAACUAAAUGAAAGAAGGAGAAAGGGUGUUAUCCAAAACCAAGCUGCAACAUUAGAAGCAGCGGUUACAUUUACAGUCUCCGACUCCGACAAUGGCGGCGGCAACGUUGUACUUGGCAAAACCAUUUUGCACUUCCAAAAUUCCUUUCCCAAGAGUGAGCGACAGUGGAAUUGGAACAGUAAAGUGUGAAAUUCAAACCAAAUUGAAAACGGGUUUCCUGGGACUGGGUCUGUUCCACUUCCUCAACUUUGUCGAACCAGCUGCAUCUCUGCAACUGCAACUUCAGGAACCUCCCAAUGCCCUCUCACUGCCCACAUGGGCCAUUCACGUCUCCAGCGUCGCUGAAUGGAUUAUAGCCAUGGCUUUGGUGUGGCAAUAUGGGCACAAAUCUAGAUACCCUGCUUGGAAGGGCCUUUCUUGGGGAAUGGUACCUCUACUUGGUGGAGCUUUUUGCGCGUGUACAUGGCAUUUCUUUUAUAACUCUGAGUCUCUUGAGGUAUUGGUGGCUCUUCAAGCGGCACUGACUGUUAUAGGAAAUGCCACAAUGUGCAUAGCUGCAUAUAGGAUAUACAAAUCAUCCCAAGGCUCCUAGAACUUUUGAAUUGUAUGUACUUGGUUAUCUGGAACCAUGUAUAUAGGUCUGAGUGAAAGUCAAAGUCUUCUUCUGCUGAUUGGUAAAUUGUCCUUUAUCUGGAAGAAUGUGAGAAGAGUUCCCUGGCAUACCAAAAUAUCUAAUGACAGACAGAAUCCAUAAUAUCCUGAUUUCUAAGAUAAACAUGCUAGGAGAUGAUCAUUCUUUCUGAAUUUUAUGCACAGUAAUCUGUUCAUUAAUUUUAUGCAAGUUGCCCUUACCUGAAGAAGUCACAGUUCAACUUUUAAUUACUUUUGAACCGUUUAAGAUAUUGUGUAUAGUGAAAAACUUCCAUUGUUCA